AUGCUGCCUAGGUUAAUAUGUAUCUCAUUACUAUGUUUAUAUACGACUGCCAGUCCCGUAGUAGAAACUAAGGUUGGUACGAUAGAAGGAUUUGAACAUAAAGUAAUAAAUGGCCAAUCUGUUGACAUAUUCUUGGGUAUUCCUUAUGCAAAACCACCCGUUGGAGAGCUGAGGUUUGAGGUAUGUUAUAGUAUCAUAGUUAUAAAGUACUGAUAAAAUUAAAAAUUUUUUAAAUUUUGAAGUUUUAUUGAAAAUUUUGAUAAUAAUGACAAGUUUUCAAUCCUAAAUAUAUAUAUCAACAUACUUUAUGACAUAAAUAACAGUCGUACAACUUUUCAGCGUCCUCAACCCCACGAACCCUUUACCCAUACCCUCAGGGCCAAAAAGUACUCAGCAGGCUGCCCAUCCCACGCUGAUGUUGAUGCCCUAUCUCCAGAGAAUGAAGACUGUCUUACCCUUAAUAUUAUGGCGCCAAAGCCAAAAGAAAUACCAGUACCAGACAAAGGGUACCCAGUUUUGUUUUGGAUUCAUCCUGGGGGAUACUGUAUUGGGUCUGCCAGCUGGUUUUCGUACGAAUCGAUUGCCGAAAACUUUGUUUCCAGAGGCAUCAUUGUGGUCACGGUCAACUACAGAUUAGGGUUCUUGGGUAGGUAAAAUACGGCUUUUUUUUGUUCUUUUUAUAAUUGAUAAUCAAUUUUAUUGAUUUCCUUUUAAAACGAAGCCAGCUUAUUUUAAAAAUAUAAAUUGCAAAUUUUUUGAAACUUAAUAUUUCAGGAUUCGCGGCAACCGGAGACUCCACCUUCUCCGGAAACAAUGGUCUUUUUGACCAAACCUUGGCCUUAGAAUGGGUCUACAACAACAUAAAAUCCUUCAACGGUGACUCACGAGCCAUUACAGUAUGGGGUCUAAGUGCUGGCAGUGCCAGUGCAGCUCAAUUAAGUGUCUCACCGUACUCUCGACAAUUCGUUUCCAAGUCGAUUCAGAUGUCAGGCAGUUUCUUUGCAUCGUGGACGACUUCUGAUCAAGUCAUCAAUGAAACCUGGAAGUUAGUGACAGCCGUUGGAUGUGACAGAGAUUCGACUACAGAAGUGAAGCAAUGUUUGAAGAAUAAGAGCUACAGACACCUUCUGGAUGCUUCUCAUCAUAUUGGCAUUAACAGACAGUCACUGAACUUGGCAUUAUAUCAGCCUCGACUCGAUGGCGACUUCUUUCCUCGAGAUUAUGUUGAGUUACUGGCUGAGAGCAGAAUAACAACUUUUGUUGGCUCGGCCAACGAUGAAAGUAUCCUUUUUGGUAAGUUUUUAUCAAAAUAUUUUUUAAAGUUGCCUUUUCAUUUGAAAUCGUUUUUAAAAUUUCUGUUUUUAACAUUCAGGCCUUAUAAAGCAAAUUUUUAGCUGUUUUCAAUGCGAUGAGCUCGAUAAACGGUCUCGGCCUGAAACCGGAAGAAAUUCCAACAUUAACAGUGAGUGAUCUCAAGCGAAGAAUCCGCGACAACCUAUUUCCUGCUCAUGAAUAUGGCAAAAGAGCAAAGCAAAUCCAAAACCGAGUAAUCAACUAUUACCUGGAAAACCUCAAAAACCAAGAAGACCCUUUGGAAUUGACUGAAAUCUACGCCAAAAUCCAAACUCACAUGCAAUUCUUUGUCCCAAUGCUCUACGAACUAAUGGAACGGUCAAAGUAUGAUGUGCCGGUAUAUGUCUAUCACAACAAUUACUAUGCUGAUCACCACUUUCCAGCCGAAGCACCGUUUAGAGCUGCCAUUCAUGCGGCCGAAAUGAAGGCAAUGUUCGACUUUCCUAUUCCUGACAAUUAUGAACAUACUCUGGAAGAUCUGGAACAUAAAGAACGACUGAUCACGGCAAUUGAAAAGUUUGUAAAGACUGGGUAAGUAGUAUAUUUAUGGAACUACCAGGCCAGCGGGGGCCCAAUUUAUGGAACAUUAACGAACUGUUACCUAAAACAUAGCGUUUUGAUGCUUUUAAGGUUCUAUUAUAUUUUUUUAGAUUGAAAAAGUAGAACUUUUAAGCCAAAACCGUGAUGUUACAUUACGAUACACCUACGAUAAUUUUUUGAAAACUUUUUCCAUGACAAUACUAUCUUAUCUUUAACCAUAUUACCUUCAGAAACCCUUCAACCGACCAAAUUUCCUGGCCAAGCAUCUCGAAGCAGAAUCCUUUCAAACAUGUUCAUCUUGAAGCCAAAGCUGAAGUCAAAGACACAUUCGACCAGAAACUGGUUGACUUCUGGCUCAAGAUGAGGGAAGACUUUGGCGACAUUGUCGUUCGAAACAUCCACUUCGGUUACUAUGUUGAUGAACACGAGAAAACCGAGUUUUAG